AGGCUGUUUCAUACCUUACUCACAGGUUUCCUCUCCUGGUGCUUGUUUCUGGCAGGUUAUAAUCUUAACUCAACAUGGGAUUUAAUAAUCAGAGGAAUAUGAAAAUAAUCUCCAUCCUUUCCGUGACUGUAACCAUGUCUGUCCUUUUGCUGAAUUAUCCUGGACAAAGGACAAAUUGCCCUCACAAGGAAGGUGAGGUCUUGAAUCACUCACUAAAGCAGGAUGUUGGAGAACUACAGGCUUGUUCUGCUAUUAUCCAAGGAGACCUGGAUGGAGUGGACAAGGAUGUUUUCAGGAAGCUCCUGGCCUCUAAAAAAAGAAAAACUUUGCUAUCAGAGUCAUUCUACCUCAAUGCAACCAAGGUUUGUCCAUCCUACAUCCGAGACAGAGGAUUUCUGAUGGUUUCUCUCAGUAAAGAGGAGAAAUAUUUCCCUAUUGCUUACUCCAUGGUGGUCCAUGAGAAGAUCGAGAUGUUUGAAAGGCUCCUGAGAGCCGUUUACACUCCUCACAAUGUGUACUGUGUUCAUGUGGACCAGAAGUCUCCUGAGAUCUUUAAAGAAGCAGUAAGGGCCAUUACGUCCUGCCUGACCAAUGUGUUUGUGGCCAGCAAACUGGAGCAUGUGAUCUACGCCUCUUGGUCUCGAGUUCAAGCGGACAUCAACUGCAUGCAGGAUCUGCUCAAGUCACCUGUCCAGUGGAAGUAUCUGCUCAACACAUGUGGCACUGAUUUCCCCAUUAAAACCAAUGCAGAAAUGGUUCAGUCUCUAAAACUCCUGAAUGGAAAGAACAGUUUGGAGUCUGAGGCCGUAGAGGCCAAAAAGGGCCGCUGGCAAUAUCAUCACGACGUUAAGAACGUUGUGACUCGGACAGAUGUUAAAAAGUCACCUCCACCAAUAAAGACCCCAAUGUUCUCAGGAAAUGCUUACUUUGUGGUUUCAAGAGAGUUUGUGGAGCAUAUCUUCAAAAGCAAAGAGAUUCAAGAUUUCAUGGAAUGGGAGAAAGAUUUUAUAAAGAGUAUCUCUUUAGAUUUGAGACUUUAG